CCCCCAGCAGAAACGCAACAAUGGCCGCUGUCCAGGGAGCUAUUUCGAAGCGCCGCAAGUUCGUCGCCGACGGUGUCUUCUAUGCUGAGUUGAACGAGUUCUUCCAGCGCGAGCUGGCUGAGGAGGGAUACUCCGGCGUCGAAGUCCGUGUCACUCCCACCGUGACCGACAUCAUCAUCCGUGCCACCCACACCCAGGAGGUUCUCGGUGAGCAGGGCCGCCGCAUCCGCGAGCUCACCUCCCUCAUCCAGAAGCGCUUCAAGUUCCCCGAGAACUCCGUUUCCCUCUAUGCCGCCAAGGUCCAGAACCGCGGUCUGUCCGCCGUCGCUCAGUGCGAGUCCCUCCGUUACAAGCUCCUCAAUGGUCUCGCCGUCCGCAGAGCCUGCUACGGUGUUCUCCGUUUCAUCAUGGAGAGCGGUGCCAAGGGUUGCGAGGUUGUCGUUUCCGGAAAGCUCCGUGCUGCCCGUGCCAAGUCCAUGAAGUUCACUGUACGUUUUUAUCGAAACCCAGCCUUUUCCAACACAUCUCGAAUGGUCGAAUCGGUUCCGAAUCUGUGGUGGAUUUGAGAAGCAUUCAAUAACUACAAAAUCUGCGAUCAACGAAGCGACUGACGGACCGGUUCAACCACUCGGGGAAAUCAACACGAUCAUGGAAUAAGAAUCUGAGGACUGACUUAAUUCUCGAACAGGACGGUUUCAUGAUCCACUCCGGUCAGCCCGCCAAGGAGUUCAUCGACAGCGCCACCCGCCACGUUCUCCUCCGCCAGGGUGUCCUCGGUAUCAAGGUUAAGAUCAUGCGUGGUUCCGACCCCGAGGGCAAG